UCAUUUGUUUUCUCUAAAGCAGUAAAAUUUUCUCAUUAAAUGAUGUCUACAAUAGUAUUGCUAGCGUUUUGCGGUGUGGCAGCUGUCCUUGCUAUGGACAACCACAACACACCGCCUUUUCGCCGUCCAUACGCUCGCCAUACGACGCGACACCGCCCCCCAUCACCGUACUGCGUACCACAGAGGGAGCUCCUUCCACCUUCCCCUACCGCGAGGCUGGUAUAUCAGUCCCUGGUUCGUCCGACACCAGUCACCCGCACGGCGAGUCCUAACGGAGCCAUCUCCGUGGCGUCAAACUUCCUGUCGACCCGCCGCUCUCCGCAGUCACCACGGGCCAGCACCUUGGUGCCGCUGUUUCCCCUUGUCCGCAAUGAGCCCGCGAUCUUUGGACCCAUAUCCCCACCGCCGUAUUGGGAAGCGCCUUUUUGGGCCCGGUCCGUACCAGCGAACGAAUUGGUUGUGCAACGGUCUCCGCGGACUGCGGCUCGGGUGGCCGAGGUGAUGGAUUCGUACUCCCCCAUCUCCAGCCCGUCGCCUCCGGGUACGACGCCGCCCUCGCCGAACCUAUCGCCGGUGCUAUCCGCCUCUGAGUCGCCAGCGCCUUUUAGCUUUACCCUGUCCACCCCCAACGUAUCCCCGGCCCUGUUUGACUCACCCGAGUCGCCACCGCCAGAGAACACGACGACGUACUUCUCUCAGCAACCACAACCCUACUACUCAACGGCAGUGGUCGGGACCCAUCACCAUCAGAUGGAGUCCCAGCUAUUAAACCUUCAACGAUUAACAGCCAGGAUUUUGAACGGUCCUACGGAGAUGCGGCUUACCGGAGUCCUCAACCUGCGUGUUGCUUAUCACUAUGACAGCGUCGGAAAUGACUUCGUGGAGAACUGGAAACAGUUCUUAAAUCAGCUGAUGAAACUGUAUCAGGGUGACAACGAAAAGUAUUAUGAUCAAAUUAAGUCAUGGGAGAAGCCAUUUAAGAUCAACAAAACGAAUAUUCAAACAACAGUGGUGACCCUCGAAAAUGCGUGUGGUCUAAUUUGUUUGAACAUCGUUUCUCGCAUUGUUCUGAAUUUCUGCAUUUUCAAGAUCUGCGAUAGAAGCUGUAUUGACUUGGCGGUCAACGACUUCAUGACCUGGUACCACGCCAUCAAGCAAGCAGAAGGGUCCCAUGCAGUCGAUGAACCGAAAAGGUUGUGCACACUUUUUGUAGCCCAAGCGGGGCUUGGCUGUUAUAAGACCAGCUGGGAAGUUGGGCGUUACGAAGAAUACGCUGCGAUGAUUGGAUGGCCCUCCACGACACCUGCGGUGGUAUUGAAUAGCGUGAAAUCGUUUGAAAAUCAGACGUUUUACAAACUAAAAUAUGAUGGCGGUCGAGUUUCGUAUGUCCCUGAGUAUUACGCCCUUUUGUACAAGCGCCCGUAA